UCUUCGGCUGGUGGAGGAUCGACGUCACUGUUUGUGCUUCUUUGGGGAAGAUGGCGGAGGCUGCGGCUGUUCCCCCGCAUCGGUUUUUCUGUCACUGUUGUAAGGGAGAAGUAAACCCUAAACUCCCAGAAUACAUCUGUCCAAGAUGUGAUUCAGGUUUCAUAGAGGAAGUAACAGAUGACUCCAGUCUCCUAGAGGGUGGCGCUAAUGGGAUAGAUGACACAGCCACACAGUUUGCAGAGCUAUGGCAUCUCUUGUUGCUGGAGCGACCGUUUACCACAGACAGAGACAGUCCCGACUCUGACCAUCGGAUCCGCGGAGAACGCCUGAUGGGCUUUGGUGAUCUGGGGGGGUUGGGAGGUGGAUCGAUUGGGGGAUCUGUCCCGACAGGCCUAGGAGGAUCCAUGGGGGGCCUGCUAGGAUCUGGGGACAACUGGGGACAAGGGCGUCCCCCUCGUUUAAACAGCCAGAGGAGAUACAGGUCCAGAGGCAGCAGUCGGCCUGAUCGCUCCCCAGCUGUGGAAGGUUCUCUCUCUGACAGGAUCGUACAGCAGUUUCUAGCUGGACUCUUUGCCAACUCUGGAGUUCCUGGCUCACCUCCUCUGUCAUGGACAGGGAUGCUGCACUCUAACCCAGGAGAUUAUGCAUGGGGGCAGGGAGGGUUAGAUGCUGUCAUAACACAGUUACUAGGUCAACUAGAGAACACCGGCCCACCUCCAGCAGAGAAAGAGAAGAUUUCUUCCCUCCCGACUGUCAGCAUCACUCAGGAACAAGCGGACUGCUGUAUGGAAUGCCCAGUGUGCAAAGAAGACUUUGCAGUGGGAGAACCAGUCAGACAGCUACCCUGUAACCACUUCUUUCACUCAGGCUGUAUAGUACCAUGGCUGGAAAUGCAUGACACGUGUCCAGUGUGUCGGAUGAGUUUGAACGGAGAAGACAGCAGCAGUCAGCCCUCAUCAGAGUCCCCCUCGCUCUCUACGGACCCCCGCACACAGGAGAGAUGGUCCUUUUGAGACACCCAGUUAUCUCAUUCUCUGCUUUCCGUCAACUACAUCCAACAACAAAAAAAAACUUGCUACUCAUUUUCCACAUUUUCUCUCUGUUCCCUUCUGGAUAAUUUGAGUCUCUUUGUAUAUUUAUUUUCUAUUUUUAAUGCCUUCUUCUUCAGUCAUGUACCCUCUUUAAGACGUCUUAAUUUGUUGUGGUUUGCUAAAGCUAUUAUUUGUCCGAUAGACCAGCCUAGAUUGACUCUACUUUUGCCCUGUAUUAUUUUUUUUUCUUCCCAAACAGCAAACUUUUCUUCCUAUACAUUGCUGCAACACUCCGCUGGGUAAAAAAAGAAGACAAACUUUUUCCGAGACGAGCAAAACGCAGCCACUAUGCCCUGUAAUGCUACUGCUCCAUGCAGACCGCAAAAGUGCACAAUUUUAGGAUUCGUGAAAUCUUGUAGAUGUUCUAAUAAAAUUGUAAUGAAGUGAUAUUUAGUUAGAAGACAAGUAUGAUAUAGAAAAAAAAAUACAUGAGUUUGGCACAUUUUUUGUGAUGCUGGUUCCUUCAGCACCCCGGACAGCUCAGGGUCCAGCAGGAACAGCUUUAUGUGCCCCCCCCUCACCACCAUCUGAAUUAUGCAAAGGAAACACUAGCUGCUAAAAACACUGCUUUGAAUAACUCCAGGGUGGUGGGUUUUAACGACGCUCACACCAGCCAGAAGACUGACGGAGGAGCUGAUUGUCUGCUUCAUGACUUGAUGAAUAGGAAAAAAAAAUAUAGGAAGACCUCGAGAUUAAUUACGUUAGAAGAAACUGUCUUUUUUUUUUUAAAUUCAUGAGUCCAGGACAAACAUUUUAAAGAGCACAAAACAAAUGCCAUGACUUCCAAAAUGAUGGAGAUUUGUGGAAAACUAAUCGGUUACAAAUUCAAGAACAGUUCUAGAAAUUGAGCUAUUUAUGUUGAUUUGUGUUGAUUUGUGUGAGGUCUUUGCUGAAGCAUAAGGGAUAUUCAACAACAUGCCAGUUCUUUAUUUUACAGGAAGAUGUUUAUCUUUUAAAUCCAGCGGAUGUGGAGUUAACAGGAAUCCAAUUAAAGGGUCAUAAACCGGAGCUGUUAUCUUCAGACAAAAGGAAGCAUUUUUUUAAGCUGUCCUAAAUUCUCUGUCUGAAACUUUGCAUUAAGGAAAUGAACAUUUUCAGUGUUUGACCAUCUGAUGCUUUAGAUGUCAAACUCUUCAUGGUGUAUAUAUUAUAUACAAAUUACAUCCCUCAUUUUAGACCUCUGUUCAUGACAGACUUGUUUUGAUUUACAUUUUUAUCAUUUAUGUCGAUGUAAAUAAUUCUAGUCCUACUUAAGGUUUGCAAAGAAAAAGACAUUGAGAAAGGCGACACAAAUGUGAAAUAAAUGGUUUAUCAAAACUGUAUAUUAUAAAUAUGAUAAAAUGUUUAUGAUGUAUCAAUAAAUUGACAAAAAAUGUUGCUUGU